AUGAGAGUCGGAGUUCUUUGGGGCGUGGAUACACAAGGUUUCCUUCUCUCGUGGAUAUUGCAUUAUUUUUUCAUAGGAGAUGUAUGAGAUCUACGGUUGAUGCUUUUAUAAUGUGGCUGCAUUUUCUGGCAGAUUUGUCACUCAGCUGCUCAUGGACACAUUCAGACUCUUAUGCACCCAUUUUCACCAAGAUAGAAAACCGUCAUCUGUUUUGCAUGUCUCUUUUGAUUGUGAGAGGAAAUUGCCUAUUCUUAUCACUGCAUGCUGUACGAUGCAGAUUUAGUUUAAUUGUAAAUAAAUAAUGUGAGAUAUAUUUUAUUCUGAUCUUUUCCUCCCAGAGAGACAGAAAAACCUUCAGUAGAAAAUGUAGAAAAAGAGACAGAGAAAGGGUGGAGAUCCACUAACACAGCUUUUCCAUCUCUCUCUCUCUCUCUCUCUCUCUCUCUCUCUCUCUCUCUCUCUUUUCCCUGCAGCCUGAGUGCUGUUGCUGAUGCAGAUGAACAGAGCAGCAGUCAAAGCCCACCCAGUGUGGAAGAGGUAAGUAAAGGCUCACGUGUCAACAAAUCAAGGUUUUCCUUACAUCACUAACCCGUCAAAGGUCACUUCCUCCAUGUGUCUCUGGUCGGUGGUGGAGGUAGAAACACAUACUCAUGUAGUGUCUGCCUCAUUUUCCUGAUUGAUUUCUCAGAUUGCAUGAACUGAAAGGGAUAUUCUGGUGUAGAUUUAAGCCAUAAUCAAACACAGUUGUCUAAUACCGAGUUAGACAACUAGAAAAUGCUCAACAUUUCCCAGGUAUCUAGAUGGAUGAGAAAAUGCUGUCCUGUCUGUCAGCUUAACUAACUUGAUCACAGGGUGUUUACUAAGAGGGCCUGCACCUGCAGCGCACAUACAUUGAAGUUAUGCAAAAGUUAUAUGCAGAAGAAAAAUCCUUAUGGGGGCGUAUGAUACAGACUAAAGAUGAUUUUUAACUGUCAAUACUGUCAAUUUUCAGUGACAUGCAGCCCUAAUUGAAAGGCUAUUUCUUUUAUUUCUUUUCUAUUUCUUUUAUUUACUCUGUUAAAGCUACUAUGAGAAGUUUUUUAAUGUUAACAAAAUAGACCAAAACUGAUAUUGAUGCUUUUUCAUGAUCUCCAAAAGUUAAAAGGACCUACGGUGACAAGAUGAAAGGUUUUUGUAUCUUUAUUUUUAAUGACUGAAACAACUGCAACUGAGGGGGGGGGGGUCAGCCGAUAAAAUAAGAUAAAAUAUCCGCAAGUGAUGAAAAAAAUUUCAUCGUAAGUCAGCAGAAUAAGAUUUUUGAAACUUCCUCAUGGGAGCUAAAAUAAUAAUAAUAAUAAUAAUAACACUUGAGGUAGAAAAUCUUACCACAUCAAAUACUAGGAGUCUGAGAUUUUUAUUUGCUUUUUGUUUGCAGAUUUUUGAUAUCUUACCAGUAUAUGGUCAUCUGCAGCCUGGGGAGGAGCAGCUGGUUACAUUCUCUUUCUACGGACACAAAGAUCUUCAAAAAGAGCUGAUCGCACAGUGCCAAGUAGAGGAGGGGCCUGCAUAUGAAAUUAGACUCAAAGGAAAGGCAUCAGCAAUCAGCUACAGCCUCGACUCUUCCAACAUUGACUUUGGUGUGCUGGUACGUAUACAGGGCUUCUUGUUGGUUAUCUGUCCUGAAAAGCUCUACACAUCAAGAAGUUUCAGCUUAGUGUGUACAGAUGGUCAGGCUGAGGGUCAUGACUGAAGUUAUAAAUUGCUAUUUGCCUUCUUGUCUUGCUAUUCAGUUUUUUUGUCUUUGUUCUCUUUUCACCAUCUGCUUGCUGUACCUGUGUGUGAAAAAAAGUAUUAUUAUUAUUUUUGUAACAUAGAGGUGCUUUUCUCAAAUCCAAGUCUGUUGUCACAAAGUCUUAUCCUGAGAGAUAUAUUUUUUCAGACAGUUGCUCAUGUGUUUGACACAUUUUAGCGUAUACUAUAACGUAUUAGGGGUGGGAGAAAAAAUCAGUACAGCAUAGUAUCACGACAUUUUGUCUGGUGAUAAAUCGUAUCGUCCCAUUCACCAAGUAUUGUUUUUUUUUUUUCAAAUUUAUUGUUAAUAUUAAGUCAAAUCUAUGAUAAUCGAAAAAUAAAAUCAACUGUUUGUCCAGUGAGAUUGGCAGAGGUGACAUCAUAGAGCAGGAGAAAGUUAGUACAACAAAUAUAGCAGCACCUGGGAAGGGACAUAAGGAAUGCAAGCAGAGCACAAAUGAGAAGGAACUGACAAAUAAGGUUUGCAAGAAAAUAAUCUACUGCGUCAAUAAGACAAACAUUAGGAAAAGACAAAUGCUUCAUCAGCUAAACAGUUGAAAAAGUUGUACAAAUCCCAGUGUAUGGUAUUGCAAUACUCACUGCAUCACAAAAUGUCUAAAAUCUCAAUGAUAUCGAAUUAGGGCCCAAGUAUCGUGAUAAUAUCAUAUUAUAGGGCAUCUGGUGAUUCCCACCCCUAUAACCUAUACCUUCAAGAGAGGAGUCAAGUGUUUUCUACCAACCCUUUAACCCACCAAAAUAACUGUUGUGAAGAAUGACAUUGACUUUGAAUGUAAUUCCCACUGUGGUUGUUCGCAUAUCCUCGAACUCUCUAAGUAUUCAGGCCAUCCUCAGUUAUCAUUGAUAGUCAAAAGAAGGACAUAUUGAUUUUUGAUUUAGUUCAAAUGAGCGAUUCAGCAGAACAUUUCUCCGACCUUCCUGUAGGUUCAGCACAAUACUUUCUAGUGUUUAAUUUCUCUCUUGCUAUCUCCCCCUCUCACUCAGGGCCUGUGCUGUUUCUUGUAUUAAUCACCACAUUAUCUAUGUAGGUUAGGACGUCCUGAAACUACCCUAUACACAGUGCAUACACAAGAGACCGGUUUUGAGAAACAGCUUUGGUCUUCGUUGUCUGCUUCUCUCUUGCCUUGUUUACUGUUCGCUCUCAAACCACAUUUAAUGUCUGCCUUUUGCUUUCAUUACCUGUCUCAUAACAUACUUGAAUUGAAUGUAUUAUCAUGAAAUAGGUGCAAUGGGAGACCAGCACUUCUCAAGCUUUUUUGUGUAACAAACAUGGUACACACUACACAUUAAAGACACAAGGUGGUGUAGUUUUGCUAUCUAACAGGCAAUUAGGAUAAUUUGCAUAUCUUCAACCUAAGUGAUAGUGAAAGACAAGGAAAAAAGACAUCUGUGAAACUUUCAGUUCCUUCACUUUAGGUGACAGUUUAAGACUGUUCUCUCCUCCCAAUCUCUCUGUAUUCCAGCUGUUUGAUCAUGUUGGGGAGGCUGAAGUGACCCUAAGGAAUACUGGAAAAAUGGGCUUUAAAUUCAUCAUCAUCAUGGACCCUCAAACGGAGGAUGAGGAGGAUGCAGGGGACUGGAGGAAAGCCUUGAGAGAGACUGAGCAGCAGUCAGAUACAUGGCAGCAAGAAGCCAAAGAGAAAAAUGAGAAAGGACAGGUGAUCAGACCUGGCCAGCCUGUAGUAAUCCCCAACAUGGUGAGAUGAUGUUCGUCUUUUUUCAGAUGUAGUUGGUCAUAAAUAAUAUAUGAGUUAUUUUCUUCCUUUGGUUUGUAACUGUGUGUACCUGUGUUUGUCAGGGUUACAUUGAGUCUGAUGCAGAGCAAUGUUUACGCAUUCUCUACCUCCCGGGGGUGCCUGAAGUCUUUAAGAAGCAGCUUCAGCUGCAGGUGGCUUUCCUACCACUGCAGGACAUCACUCUAAGUGGGGAGGGUGUGUUUCCAAGGAUCAGCCUCGGCUUGCCGCAGAACUUAGGUAUGUAAAGGCACGUACUUACACAGUCUAACACAAUAAUCAUUUUUACUCAGGAUGAAAAAAGAAGACAGCUGACAUUACAAGUUUGAUAUCUUUCUAUUGACCUUUUUCAAAACAAAGUGCAGGUAAUGGCUCUUACAAACCUAGUCAGUGUCAGUAAUAGUAAAAAGUGCUUAUCAUGUAAUGUAAUAGUUUAUUGAUUCAGGUAAGGAAAUUGUCAAAGAACAGAGCUAGAUGUAUGGUCAAGACCAAAUCUCCUGGUCAAUGACCCAGUCUCUCUCAUUAUCAUCAUUGUAAAAGUGAGUUCCAUCUCAGUGGGUUAAAUAAAGAGUCAAUUAAAAUAAAUAAAUUGAAAAAUAUCAUGCCUCCAUGCCCACAAGCAUAGAGGCACAAGCACAACUCUUUUAUUUCUGCACUGAUGUGAGGCACUAAUUCUCUUGCAGCAAAUGAAUGCUACAGUGAUGUGAUGCAGCAGGCCAGUGCAUCUGUGGAGGCAGAUCGUACCAGAGAAGAACCUUGGAUAGGAAACACCUCAGGUGGAGAAGUAAAAUCAACGCAAACCUCCAGAACUUCUGCAGUAAGUAAUAUCACCAUCGUGAUGUUUUAUUUUAUCCGAAUCAGAUUCAGAAACAGCCUUAUUGACCAUGUAUGUUACACAUAGAAGGGAAAUUGACUCCAGUUAACUUUGCUCUCAGUGUGCAAACAUUAACAUGAAAUAUUACACAAAUAUGUACAAGCUGACACUAGACAUUUAACAACUUAUACUGUUUUUAGUUUAAAAUCUUUGUAUAAUCAUGUCUUAUGCCACAUACAACACAAACAUAACAAUGAUACCUUUAAAAUGAGUAUCAUAAUUGGACUAAGAACAUUACGAAAAAUCCCAAGAUGGGCUAUUAAGAAAAAUUGGUCUAGGUUUGUGUUUGCUUAAUUUAUCAGAGGUGCUUUUGUUCCUGAUUGGAAGUAGGUAUGUUAGAACUAUUUUGGACAUGUUUUGCUUCUCCUAAAUACAUGUAAGGCAGUAUCUCUGCUUGAAGUAACCAGCCAAUUCCACUGGGCUUUCCCCGUGUCUUAUCUGUGUAUCGAUUUUUCUGGGAAGUGCACAAGAAUCAUUGAAUCCCAGUGGAAAAGUCUAUUUCUGCUCACCCUCUCAGUAUUUGCUUAUGCCUGUGUGUGUUAGGGAGUAAUAUCCCUGACAUUCCUUCGAACCGUUGACAUUAAAAAUGCUAACAUUUAUAUUACAGCUGAUAAGGAUAAAGACUGUGUUGCCCAGGAGAAUCCUUUAAAUUGAAAAUAAACAUUACCGCCCUCCUGACCACUGUCAGCUCUCAACCAAAACACACUUCUGGCAUACUACAUCAUCACACAUAGAGAUGUACGAAAAUCCAAUAAGCAGAAUUGUCAAGGAGGUGAACAAACAAUUCUUAGGAAUCAAAUCUUUGGGAACUGGUUGUAAAAAAGAACCGGUUAUCGAUUCUCAUCCCUAAGUUGUACAUGUAACAUGCACACCCCACACCACCAGUGGUUGUGAAGAAAGCUUUGGAUAAUCCUGACUCUAAAUCUGAAAAUUCUCAGAUUUAUUAGAUGACUUCCUUUUCUCAAGACUUGAAAUGCUGAUGUUGUGAACUGACUUUGCCUGACAAAAACCAGCAUGUGCUGCUGUGUUAUUGCCUAUAUCAUUUGUUUUUACUGCUCCUUGCUCUUUUGGUGUUUAUGUGCAGUUAUUUUUUCUUCCUUUAAAUUUCCUUUUCUGUCUUUCUUUUGCCGUCUGCCUUAAGUAUGAAGAGCCGCUUCUCAUGGAGGUUGAGAGGAUGCUCGUCAAACAGAAUGCUCUGGCUGUAAUGGGUGGCCUGCUGGAGCUCAGUGACUCACAAAGUUCCCUCAAGAUGUGGCGAAAACUCAGCAAGUAGGUUUAAAAUCACAAGCGCCCUCUCAAAUCUUGGUUAAACAGAUGGUCAGAAGGGAACAAAAAAGAGAAAGGUGAUGUAAAAUUUAAAGAGUUUGUAUAAACUCAGAUUAUGACAUGAAAUGACAGCAAGGAAAAACUUCACACUUUGACUAUAAUAGCGAGAAAUAUGGGUAUGUGAAGCUCAAUACAUUUUGAAAGUUCGAACUGAAAUCUUAUGCAGCAUAUUGAUGAGUACAAUAAAUAACUGUAUUUAAACAUACAGUAUCAUUCAUCAGAAGUUAUCACUGGAAAGCUCAGUUUCAUUACAGGAGUAUGAUGUGUGACAUGGAUGCAUUUCUUUAUUGAUGUCUUUUUUGUCUCUGUCUCUUACUCCUUCCACUCUGCCACAGGUUUGCACUUCCAGAAUACAUCUUGGAUUUUGGUUUCAUCAUACUUGGCAGGGUCCCCAGUCACACUGUAAAAAUCACAAACAAUGGAUCAGUGGCUGUGUCCUUUCAUGCAAACCUCAAAUAUCUAGCUGGCACAGGUAAGACAGUACAUCCCUGAAGUCCCUUUGGACAUUUUAUUUCUGCUUAUCUUUUUUUUAUGAAUGUACACUGCAGGCCAAAAGUUUGGAAGCAAGAUCAGACUUGUACAAAAAAAGAUCAUAGUUUCAUAUAAUUUGCAACACAAUAAACAUGACUAUUGUGUAAAGAGUAACUUAUCAGAAGACAUUUUGACUAUAAUUAUUAGGUAUUUGAGUUAUUGUUGCUUAGACUUUGCUUUCAUUAAAGUAACCUCCUCUGGGUUUAACAACAGCUUGGCAUAUACCAUGCAUUUGUUCCACAAGUUUUUUAAGGUAUGUUCCAGGGAUUGCAUUCCAAGCUUUCUUAAGUUCAUUAAAAAGAGACUGCUGAUUCGUGGGACGCGUUUUUCUGACCGCUCGAUCCAAUUAAUCCCGCACAAGCUCAAUUGGAGAGAGGUCUGGAGACUGAGGGGGCAAACCAUCUUUUGAAGAACACCUUCCUCUUCUUUUUUGUCUCGGUAACCCUGACAGAGCUUGGCAGAGUGCUUAGGGUCAUUGUUGUAAAACAAACUUAUGAGCCACAAGUCUGAGUCCAGAUGGAGCAGCAUGGUGCUGGAGGAUGGAGUGGUACUGUUCCUUCUUUAUGAUACCCUUUACUUCAAACAAAUCUCCUACUCCAUCACCUGCAAAACAUCCCCAUACCAUGGAACUACCACCUCCAUGCUGAAUUGUGGGUGUAACACAUGGAGCUUUCAGACGUUCACCAGUUUGUCUGCAGACAUAGACUCUGCGUUUUGAACCAAACAGUUCAAACUUGUUUCUAGUCAUCAUAGGUCAAAUUUUUGUGAGCUUUUGCCCACUCAUAUCUCUUUUUCUUGUUCUGUGGAUGAAGUAGUGUUUUUUUGCAGAUACACAACCUUUCAGACCAGCCUUUCUCAAACAUCAUUUCACAGUUGUCAGAGAUAUGGGUUUCGACCUUGUCAUGUUGAUUUCCUCCCUUAUUUGUGGUGCUGUCUUUCACCGAUCUCUCUUACUGGUGACAAUAAUAUGUUUAUCCUCUUUUGUAGUAACUCUCUUUCGUCCAGGUCUUUUUCUAUCAUCAUAACUUCCAGGUUCCUCUAGUCUCUUCAGAGUGUAGUGGACUCCUUUGUUAAACACCUUUAGGCGUUUUGCAAUUUCUCCUUAUGUGUAUCCUUCUUUCCUUAAUGUACAAAUCUGUACUUUUGUUUCUUUACUCAGUUGCUUCUUUCUAGCCAUUUCUGUGGUAGUUUGAACGCAGUUGAGAUUUAUAAGGAUUUUUGUAUGUAGAUACUCAAAAGCCAAAAAGUUGAAGUGAAUAAUCCAAACUGGCUGUGCGCCGGGCUCCACCAGACAAAAAUACCACUGUGCGGGGUGCGCCACCAUCCGCCACGCCACCAGCAGGCAUGAAAAUAGAGCCCUUUGAGUCAUUAAAAAUCUGUUUGUGUUGUUGUUUCAUCAAAGGUUUCAGUGCAGACUUUGAAAGAGUGAAAAACCUGCCCUGCAGCGAGACCCAUUCUUUCACCAUUAAAUUUGACCCUGAAGGGGCCAAGCUGAAGCUGGGGCAUACAAGUGUUGUCAUGCCAAUACAGGUACACAUGGGAUGAUUGAACACAAACACCUGCAUGUGUAUAAUUAUUGUAUAAUUACAGACCUUUUUCAGUGUGAAUUAUCUAGACUGAUGAAUUUGUGUUUGGUUAUGCAGGUUGCAGGGGGUCCCAUGGUCCAAUUGCGACUGUGUGCGGUGGUGACUCUGCCAGCUGUCACUGCCUCCACUGAUACCUUGCAGUUUGACACUUUGCAGUGUGGCAUGUGUCAGGUAAUACAGCCUCAUUGUGAACAUAGACUGUAUAUACUGUGGACAAAUUGGUUCUGCUUUCCGCCAGUAUACAGAUUUGAAGCCAAAAAGCUCUUGGUAUUUCUGGGAUUUUCUCCACUUCCUGGAACCACCACUUGCGCAGAAGCAUUGUAAGCAUUUGGCGGGAUAGUUGCUGUGACGACACUCGGCUCAAACAGCAUAUCCCCUGGUUGAGCUAUGCAAUCUUGGCACAUCCAUAGGCUGUAUCAAGUGUCAAUCACAGAAAAAAUGAACCCGCUCAUAACUUGGACCUGUACAGAAAAAAGAGGACAUAAGCACAAACCAGUCUUACAGUAACUACAUGUCAACAUCACAACCAAGAGGGGAAAAAAAUCCAUAUUCUGUGUAAUAAAUUUCUAAAGUUUGUCCACAGCUCCAAAGGGAUUGCUGGAGGAGGUGGGAUUUAUGACAUGUACUGCAGCCCAUCACCAGAGGGUGCUGUUCUUGGGGUGGCUUCACCCAGCCAGGAGGCAGACAGAGUCCAUUCUAUAUACAGUUUAUGAUUGUCACUUACAGACUCUGUGAUAUUUGGUCUCACUGAAGCGUUUGAUGAGAGCCACACACCUUUGGCAAUGGUUCAGUAGUCACAACAGCAGUCUACCAAAGAGAAACAGCAGGUCCUUUUCUUACCUGUUGCGAUAGAAUGACCAAUCAGAACUUCACACAGCCAUGUAACUAUAUAGUGCAUCCAUCAGUUUCACACCAAGGGUGUUGGCCAGUAUGCUGCCUCUCUUUGAUUCCUUCUUGUGGACUUUUCUCACUUGGCUAAAACAGUUGAAGAAAAUUAACUUGAUUCCAGUUAUACAUAUUGACCAAAAACAGGAUGAACUCGAAAAAAAGAAUAAGGACAAGAAUAAGAAUAACUUUAUUAAUCCCCAAAGGGAAAUUCAAUUGUCUGUUGUCUCACAAAAUACAUUAUGUCUCUAAAUGUAUGUUAUGCAGAUGCAUCAUGAUGGCUGUGCUUUCUCUGAUACUCAAUACCUCCUCUCUCAAACUGAAUGUUCUGGUGAAUUCCUCUCAUUCCUGUGUUUGGUGAUAUUCCCCAUCAGAUGAAGACAAUUCAGUUGAUCAAUCAUGAGUCUGUGCCCUGCCACUGGAGCAUCGCUGAGGAGGUGAAGCCUUUCAAAAAGGUACAACAAGAAGUGUCAUUAUGGAAGCUUGAGUCAACUUUCCCAGCUAACUUUACACUCUAAUAUCUAGGACAAAAAAAACUUGAGUGGAAUCUACUAUCUUUUGCUAUAUAGACUGAUAAACUGAGUGAGAAUUUAAUCCAAAAGAUUGAAGCAAACCUGCAUGUUACCUCUGUUGUUUACACUCAGGUGGAUAAGUUCCUGCCUCUCUACCAACGUAAAAAAGCCUUGCAGGAGCAGCGACCUCCUCCAGCGGUUUUUGAGAUGGUUCCAAACUCUGGCAUGCUGUCACCUGGAGAAAUUGUUAAUGUCCAGGUUAAGUUCAGCCCCGUUGAAGGGGUAAGAAGCACAACUGAUGUCAACGUUUGGCACAAUGUGUUUGACAAAUAAAUCCUCUUAAAUUUAGAAGCACUUAAACAGUUUCAAAAUUAACACAAACAUGUGGUCCCCUUGGACGUGUUUUUGCAGCAACUUUACAACAGGCAGCUUAUCGUCCAUGUGGCUGAGAGCAAUAAGCAGGUGUUCAUUAAAGCCCAGGGACAGGCUGAGGAGCCAAAACUCCAGUUCUGCCCGUCUGUGAUUGAGCUGGAGCCUUGCCUGCCUCUUAGCACUGAGUGUGAAGCUACGGUUACAGUCAAAAAUCCCUGCUCUUUUCCCAUCGAGUUCUACUCCCUGGAGUUUGACACACAGUAUCUUGAGGAAGAAAAGGUACCUAUCUCUUUGGCAAAAAUCCUUACUUUAGUCAUCAUAAGAGAGGAAAGAAGCUGUAGUGACAGGAUGCAAAGGUUUUGCUAGAUAAUCACGUAAUUAACAAUUAUUUUGUGGGACAGUUAAUUAUCAGUUAUUAAUUAUCAAUGAUUAAGUUUUUCCCCUUUUUGGAAUUUUCCCCUGUGGGACUAUUAAAGGAAUAUCUUAUCUUAGCUCUCUUUAAUUUGAGCCUUUUUCUUUCCCCUCUUCUCAUAUCUUCUUCUUUUGUAGAUCCUGAGUCUGAUGCAGGGUUAUGAUGAGAACAAUAUGCUGCUGCUGCCUCCUAGGGCUCCAGGAGACAAUCUCCCCGUAGAGUUGCUUGACUACUACAAGGAGUACUGUUCCCAGCUGAAAGAGGAUGGUAGCUACAGGCAGAUUCUUGUUUAUGAGCAAGCAGUAAAAUCAUUAUUGAUCGGUUUACAGUCUGUGUCAAAUAAAACCUUUUGUUCUAUACUUGAAUGGUGUGUGGCAGAGCUGAAGGAAGGCCCAGACAAAAGUACACAAAGGACUGAGGAAAUAAACACAGAAGAAAGGGAAUCAAAACAAAAUAAUAGCCAACAUUUAGACAACAAAGAAGAGGAUACACCUGCUUAUGUGAAACCAGCAGAGUUAUGUGAGUACAAACAUGUCAGAAGCAGAUCUUAGCACAAAAAUAAAGAUGACUUUAACUUUUUGAUUUGAGAUUGAUAUUUUGCAGCAUCAUAAGUUGUCUUAUUUCUUUUUUUUUAUGUGUUAAGUUAUUUCAGAGAUGACUAGGGCACAAAGCAGAGGGAGACUGGAGCAUCUAGAGAUGAGCCCUGUUUCCAGAGCAAUUGCCCGCCACAUGUGCAUUGACCUGUCACCAGAGGGUCUGGCAGCGCGCAACCGCAGAGGUAUUGCUAUCAUUGUAUAUGGAGCCCCACUGACAGGUAAGUCUGUUUGGAAAGGUUGUAUUGAAAUGCAAGUUAUACAAUAUAUAAUGUCAUAACUCUUUGAAGACAAAGGUCAAUAAAAUACAAACAAACGAAAGAUGAUUGUUGCAUCUUGUUUGUGCAAUUUUUUUCAAGAUAAAACCAGCACAGCAGCUGCCCUGGCACAUUACUAUGAAGGGGCAAUUCUGACUGUUGAUGGUGUGGUCACUCAUGCUUUGACGAACAGUACCUCUCCUGUUAGCCUGUCGGCAAGACAACUUUUGGACUCUGCUGCUGCUGAGUAUGCCAAAAAGAAGGCUAAGGAGGCUGGUAAGCAUAACGUACAGCUCAUAAAGUCCCAUUCUUUUCAAAUACACGGAUAUGUUUGUUUUCACGCUGCUUCAGGAAAGACAGUAGCUAAUUGAGAUGGACAGAUUAGUACCUGUUUCCUUGAAAAUCAAAAGAUAUUUCACCAGGAACUCAACAGACAUAUUACACAGUCUAAAUUUGCAAAUAAAGGGAUAUUUCGGCAUUAAUUCAAGUUAUGGUCAAACACACCAUAACACCGAGUUAGACACCCUCUCGAUAGAUGAAUGUUGACGACUGCUUGCUUCCCUUGUUAUACCAUCCAAAGCAAAGACCGCAUGAUCAAUACGCAGCGGUCUACGUCUCCACGCGCACACCUCAACCAAAAAGCCACUCUAUAGCCACAAAUAAUCAGAACAGCACCUAACUUCAUCAACAGGACAUAUAGGGUCCCAGCCAUAGUACUAGACAUCAAACAUCUUUUUAGCUUUGCCUGGUUUCCUUAGCAAAGAGACCAUAUACAACUCACCCACUCUCCUCCAGCAGCCGCUUGUUUGUGGGGGAACCCCGACGAGUCGAUCACAGAGUGCAGGAUCAUUUCCAUAAAGUAAUAAUCCUAAAAGUUUUUCCUUGAGCAGCAAAUCUCACUCGGUGUCACAGUGUGUUUGACCAUAACUUAAAUUUAUGCCAGAAUAACCCUUUAAGCUUCAAUUUGAAUUGAAAUGUAUUUCUCUGAUUGAAGCCCGGGCUCUGACAGAGGCCUCAGAACCAGCCCCUAAAGCCCAUGUUGAAACCUCCAAUCCAGCCCCUCAUUCAUCUCCACCUUCACAUGAUGCUGUGGAAGCUCUUGGAAAACCUAUUGAAGACGGCUGCUGUAAAGAUGACACCAAGGACCCCAAGGAGACCGAAAUCCUGCAUUUAGCCCAAUUGUUGGUAUGUUUUCAACCAUAGUCUGGUGCUCCACAACUUUUAUAGACAAAACUCAGUUCUCCAUUGUGGUUUGACUGCAGGGAGGAGAUGUGACAACACUAAGUAAUCUCUUACCUGAGCAGCUACUCGAAGAUAUCCUUGCAGAAAGAUUUCAGGUAAGUCCAGACACAAUGUCAUAUGACACACUCUCUGUACCAAUCAGAUUCUAAAUUUAGGGAUACAAGUUUUGUUUUGCACUCAGCUGAAACGUCUUUUUUGGAGUUAAAUGAAAAAUACUGCCACACGGCCGACAUCACUCCUAAUCCUUGCAACUUUGUUAGUACCUUAGUACACAAUGUUGUUGUGAUUAUGUGGGCUCUGCAUGCUGGAUCCAGGUGCUGCUAGGUAGAGGUGCCAGAGCAAAGUCUGAAAUGGACUGCUCGUAUUGGAGAUUUUGGAUGCAAGCCGACAUAAUCUGAUAUUCUCUUUUUUUUCUCUCGCUGAUAUCGGACCGAUAUCCGAUAUAAUUAUUGUAUCAGGACACUCCUAUCCAUAUUGAAAUUAUCAUGCAUACACCUAAAACAAUUACCGUUACAUUUAUUUACGACUGUUAGGUAUCAAAAAGUUAGUAGAUAUGAGAGAUAUGAAGUUUCACUAACCUCCUGUCUUCCUAUCUGUUUUCCUCUUUGUCAUUUCACUUGUAUUCCUUUUGAUGCUGUUGUCAUGGUUACAGCUGAGUGAUUGUUACCGUGGCAUAGUAAUGGAUGGUCUGGACAGUCUGUAUACACAGUCAGCAUCAAGAACACUGCAAGUUGUUCUCAAGGCCCUAAAUAACCGCAAACACAUCUAUGUCGUCGACCUAUCUGACUCCUAUGAUGCUCUAAAGGCGCGAGAGAGGGCGCAAAGAGAAACUAACGGUAAAAAUGCAUGAACAGGAAUUCUCAUUCAAAUGUUACAGAGCAGAACUGAUUAGAUAAUUAUGAAGAAUGUUUUUUUUUUUUAAGAUUUAUGAUGAUGUCUGGUGUUUAAAAAAAAACUGUGUGUGUUUUUGUCCUUUAGAGGUUCUGCUGAGAGAAAAAAGUGUCAGGGAGAAGCAGUGGCUGCAGGAGCUUGAUGAGGAGGAGUAUGAAACUCUGCCAGAGGAGGAGAAAGAGCAGCUCGGCCAGCAACUAAGAGAGAGUAUAAAACAGCGACAACAAAGGUAGUAACUGGAUGACAGGGACAUUAUUCUGCCAAUCAAGUUUACUUCACUCACUGGACAGACUUUAACUUCUGUUUUUAGCCUGAUGAAAUCAUCUGCCAAGGAAGUGGUGUGUAGAAUUCAGGUUUUGUCAUUACUAAUAAACUUUCCCUUAAUUGAACCCAUUUAGUAUUACUUAGAUAAACAACUUUAUUGUCCUGGGAUUUCAGGUUCUAAAAGAAGAUUUCAUCUCAUUUGAGUGAAUCUCUUUUUAAAUGGUCUACAGUUAAACUAGUGCUUCACAGCAAGUUCUGAAAGUUUUUGUAAAUGAUUUUAACCUUUGGGGGAUUGUGAGUGCAGCAAUGAAGAGGAAGGACAGAAAUGGCAAUAUGUUUGUUAUACAGAAAUAAUCAAGGAAGAAAAUUUUAAACAGUCAGUUGGACUGUAUGUCUGUUCCCCAACUUCUCCAAAGUUCCCUCCGGAAUCUUGUUUUUGUGCUUCUCUAUGUGUGCUUGUGUUAAAGAAAGCUAAAGCAAAUAGAGAAAGAACUGGAGGAGAAGAGACUUCAGAUGCAAAAGUUAAAAGAGGAGGAGCUUAAAGUGAAAAGCAAAAAAGGUGGGAAGAAGGACAUGAAAGAAACGGUCUUGAAGAGCUCGCUCGAGGGAAGAAAAGUGAGUAUUUUUAUCCUGUUUGAUUACAACUUCCCAUUUUUUUUACAAACAAAAAUACGUAGUUUCCACAGUUCCUGACACACUCACUUUUUAUCACCAACGAAAUGGCUUUGUUACAUUUUUUGUCCAGUCAGCGGAUACACCCAGUGGGCGGAGGAUGUCCUAUCACAACUCAAAGGAGUCUCUUUUGGACCCAAAGGAACAUCAUUAUUUAAAUGAAGGUAUAAUCAGCUGAUAAGAAUCAAACUUUUUAAUGCCUGGCAUAUAAAAUGUUUGCCCAUGGAUAAAGAAAAACAUGAAUAAAAUGCAGUGAGCAAUAGUUGAUCAGCUGUAGGUAGCGUUGCUGUGCUGACUUACUGAUCUUUUUGCUUUUGCAGGGCAUCAUAUCAAAGAGGAAGGAGGCCAGGUAAAGCAUUCAGCAGAAACCAAAGAAUUACAAUCAGGGUCUCCCAAACACACUGAGAAGCUGCAAAAGGAGACGGUAGGUUAACUGCGAACCAAAGUUAGUGACAUAGUGUAACCCUGAACUGCAGUCUCUGGAUCCUGUUCCAAAAUGUUCAGCUUUUAAAUACAGUCUUUAAGGCACCUUACCAAAAAGAAGUACGUUGAAGAGUACUUCAAGUAUACUGUUUUUAAACAAAGUAUGCUUUCAGUUUACUUUUUGUUGACUUUAAGAGGUAUACUUAACAAAGUUAAUGUUAGGUAUACUUGGCUUGUACUAAGAAUGAUACUAAAAGUGUAAAUAUAUUUAACCUAUACUUAGACAUACACUUUUGAUCAAGAUAUACUUAAGUAUGUAUUUAUGCCCCCCACAUCUCCCUCUUUGCCACUGUCCUACUGUCCUACCUCUUUAGCCCUGUGUGGAUCAGCUGCAGUCUCAGUUUACUGCGUAUGAGCAAAGCCAGAAGCAGGUGGAGAACAUCCUGCAGCACUGGGACAGAGUGCAGGGUCUGUUGCUGUACCCUGUGUCAGACGAGACAUUGCCAGACAAACAGGUUAGUUUGAGGAUAAUCAGUAGUAUUUUCUGUCAUACGUUGAACAUUUUUUGUGUAAACCGGGGGAAAAAAAGUGCUUCUGCACCCAUUCCUUAAGUAGUCUUUGCCUUUGCCUAAACCUCUGACAUUUGAAUCGACUCAAAGUAACCUUAACCAUUCUCUCAGACAUGACCUCCUUCCUUGUACGAUAUUAUAUUAUUUUCUUUUACUUUUUAACAGCUUACAGUUUGAAUUCACCGUCAAAAAAUAUAUAGUGAAUCAAACCAAAGUAGUCUGCAAAAUCAGGUGAAAUAAGGCACUGCGUUUUAGUGUGUCCAGAAGUGAGCGCAACAGGUUAACGGAACAUGCAAGGCAACGCCAUUGGUUUGCAUUCAUGGGAGAUUCUUAUGGUAUGCUACAUUUACCUUGGAAGUCGGAGCUGUUACUGAGUUGGAAAAAAGUAGCCAACGGCCAAAAACGGUUGUGGAAACAAGAUGGCUACAUCUACAAAAGUUAUUCUCGCACUUGCCUUGUCUGAAUAAAAACAACUUCUGGACAAAUAUGCGGUCCUAUUGGAUGAAAAGGAAACACAAAGGCACAGAAAGGAGCCUAUUUUCUAUUACAGGAGAUUCUACUUACUGCUUACAACCGGCACCGCCAUCUACAAACGUCAACUCGGGGGUUGUGUGGAUCAUCCAACUUUCCGAGUUGGAAAUCCAUCCUCGGGGGUCGUUCCAGUUUAAAGUUUCGGUUUGGAGCUCAGAAAUCCCGACUGGCGAGUGCGACUGGAACGCACCAUUAUUCUUCUAAGAAACUGAAAUAGUUUCUUGUCACAUCUGAUCGCAGUCAUGAUAGAUGGCCUCAAACAUUACAACAGUUCUUUCGUGGGCAGGGUGGCAGCGUUACAAUUCUUUUGAUAUUUUUUCACAAUUUUUACUAUCUGUUAGAAGUUUUAAGGAACAGGUUAUGAUACAUUAAAGUUGUUAUGAAUUUGUAUAAAAUUCCUCUGAAUUUUCAAUCCAUCUGUGUUCUUUGUACACAGACACCUGUUGGCAGGAAGAACAGAAAAGCUAAUAGGACCAUGUCUCCAAUACCCAGUCGGACAGCAGAAGCAAAAAAGACAGAAGAUCAAGUGUCUUCACACGACAUAAUCCCGCACAUUGUGCUCAGUGUAACUGGAAAAGACUGUCCAAGUGUCACAGAACUACUGAAUGGCAACACCUUACCCCCAUUGGAAGAGGUAUUUCUAUUACCGUACUUGUCUUACUGUGUAUUGUUAAAUAUUUACUGAAUGUCUGUUCCUGAAAUGUAAACUAUUUCUUGAUCUUUCUUUAAAUAUUCACUUCCAGUUCUAUCUCCUGAUCUUGUUAGGUGUUAGAUGAUUUGGGUUUGGGACCCAGCGGCCCAGUCGUCCCUCCUCCUGUCACUUUCUCUUUAGUCCCAUUCCCCAAGAAAAGAGAGCAGUGGAUCGGCCCACUCACCUGUGACUGUUUCAACUUCCUGGUACCCUCGGGGCUGGACCAACAGGAUAAGGAGAAGGGAUAUUUAGAGGAGGAUGAACAAGCAUCAGUUGUAAAGGUAAUGGGAAGUUGAAACUACCUAUUUUUACAUGCCACCCACAUGGCUUGUGAUGAGUAAAGAAUGUGAAAGUUUGGAAAUUGCACACAAAAGUUGUAUGUUUUUGAUUGAAUACAGGCAGGACUUAAAGGGAUUUUCCAGCGUAAAUUUAAGUUAUGGUCAAACACACCCUAACAAUAAGUUAGACACCCCCUCGAGAGAUGAAUGUUACUGACUGCUUGCUUCUCUAGUUAUACCAACUUUAGUAACGACCGCUCAAUAGCAAUACACAGCGGUCUAUGUGUCCAUGCGCAAACCUCAACCAAAAAGCCACUCUAUAGCCACAAAGUCGAUCACUGAGUGCAGCGGAUCAUUUAUGAUUAUUACUUCAUGGAAAUGCAAUCAGACCGAGACACUGAGGCAGAAGAACUACCCCGUCUGCAGUGCACAUACAAGAUACACAAGAACUCUUUUAACAUUUCCAAGUAGUAUUAAUCAUAAAUGUUCUUCCUUGAGCUGCGAAACUCCGCUGCACUCAGUGAUUGAUUCAUCGGGGCUCCCCCAACAAACAAGCAGCUGCUGGAGGAGAGUGGGUGAGUUGUGUUUGCUCCCUUUGCUAAAAAAAAUCCAAAACAUGCAAAGCUAUAAGGAUGUUUGAUGGCUAGAACUAUGGCUGGGACCCUAUAUGUACUGUUGAUAAAGUUAGGCACUGCUCUGAGCAUUAUUUGUCGUUACUUGGUAUAACACUAUGUUUGACCAUAAUUCAAAUUUACGCCGGAGUAUCCCAUUAAAGGCGAUACAGUCCUUUUUUGACUGUGUAAAGGAUUUACCUGGCUUAAAUGGGAAGCUCAUCAAUAAUCACUGUUAAUGUAAACACAUGUAAAUAUCUCCAGAGAGGUAGAGCAAAUGAAAGAAAAAGAAAUCUGUUAGGGAAGACGUCUCGGAAUUUACAUGUUCUUUGUGUUGGUGUUUCUUCAUGUUACAGGAAAAGACAGCCAAAAGCUGGGGCAGCGUGAUGGAUAAUCCAGCAAGAAAAAACAGGGAAGAAAAAGGAAGAGAAAGUCAGAGGAGCAAAAGACGGACUUCAGCAAAGACAAAAGCAAAAGACCAACACCAAGAAAAGUUACAGGAGAAAUGCAGCCAAAGGCAAUUUAAAAUAAUCCCUAUAACCUUGGGUUUUCAAAUAGUUGUUUUCUUUCUACUUUUUCUGUUUACAGUGUGUUUGUGCAUGUAUUUUUUUUUUUUUAGGCUGACAACGUUUCGCUGGGUUGUUCCUGCCAAUGGUGAAGUGUAUCUGAAAAUCAGUUUCUAUUCGGAGUCUCCAGGGAAAUUUGAGCAGAUCUUUAACUUUGAACUUGUGGGGAUCCAGAGAAGCUACCAGCUGAUCUCCAGGGGAAUUUGUACCUAUCCCUCCAUCUGCAAAGACUACAGGUCAGUAAGCAUGAUGAAAAAUUGCUUAUUGACAAUAAAACUGGAAAAGAAAUCGAAAAGCAGGGAAAAGAGUUUUCAAGCAAAAGCAAACCACAUAGAAAAACUGAUAGUAAAUUCCUAAAUGCAGAAUUUUAUUUUAAAUUCAUUCAUUUUAAUUCAUUUAACCAGUAGAAUCUCUCUAAGUCCUGGGCAAGAAUAUUCACAUCACAUCUAACAAAAACAUAAACAAACAACACGAUUCAAAUUAAUAUGAAGUGACAAAGAGAUGAUUUCAAACUCACUCAAUUGUAUUAUUUAGAUCUGCUGUAUGUCCAUACACUGUAGGUCUGCACUGUUGAGCACUUCUUUUGUGUGCUCCUUUGGGUCACAUAUCAGACACCAAAUAGAAGAAACAUCUAUCUGAUGUCUGAUGACCACUUUUAAGUCGUUUGACAGGUAGGGAUGGGUGAUAUAGGCUAAAAAAUUUGUCACAAUAAGAUUUGCCAUUCUGGCGAUAACGACAAAAGUCCGGAUUAAAAAAAUUAUAAUUCCAAUCUAUAUUUUUUACUCAUUUUGUCUUGAGAACACCAGUUGGAGUAAUCAAAUCAGAUACUUAACCACAAGUUUGAGUGGAAGGUUAUAGAGAAAACUAAUGACAUCAAACAAGUCUCAAAUGUGUAGGUGACAGCUGCAAGUACGUCGCUGGCUUAUGUCAUCAACUUGUAUUUAUCGUAUUUAUCAUGAGAUGGAAAAUAUUUAUCAUGGAGGAUUUUUCUGACAAUAUAUCAUGAACAGUAUUUUAUCGCCCAUCCCUUUUGAGAGGAUAUUGUUCUCUGUCUAUGGUGCAACACAAGAGCCUUUUUCCUUCUUGGGUCUUCUUUUCCAAACCGACAAACACAACAUAAAUUGUACCCCGAACCUUUGCUGUUUAGAUGAGCCACUACAGGGAAUAUUCACCAAACAGGAGCACAGUGCUGACAUUGAGUUGUAGACAGGAUGUUUUUCUUUCUUCUUAAUCUUCUUAAUAAAUGACAAGGCAUGCUACCAGUGAGACAAAAAGUAAUUAUCCCAUCAAUUAUUUUCCUAGGACUCUUUUCACCCAAAGUAAGACAGUGCAACAAGUGGAGGAGGGGCCCCAGAGGGCAUAUAUCAUCAAACCUGGAUUCUUUGAGUUUGGACCUUUACUUUGUGGCAAGACCAGAGACAGGUGAGAGGCAGAAGAAUGGCAAGGAAUGGCUCAGUGUCUUUAUAUAUAUAUAUAUAUAUAUAUAUAUAUAUAUAUAUGUGUGUGUGUGUGUGUGUGUGUGUGUGUGUGUGUGUGUGUGUGUGUGUGUGUGUGUGUGUGUGUUUCCAGAUACAAGGAAAAUCGAUAUCCAGAAAACACAGUGAGAAUUGAGAUUCUGAACAACUACGGUCUGGAGGCUGAAGUCCAGUUCAGUUUCCAGCAUGAUACACAGGCAACCACUUAUUUGCUGGAUCCCCCAACAACGACUCUUAAACCUGGGCAAAUACAGGUACAAUAGUCCUGCAGUCACUUAACACUAAAACUAACAUGUUAAGUAAUUACAAUGUGCUCACAGUAGCAUCAGAAAUCAUCAUUUUUGUAAUAUUUUGAUGAUGCUCAGAUCAACACAGAGAGCUAGUGACUUGCAACAGGGUCACUACAAAUUCUUCCUCUGUCUCUGUAGGAGUUGACAGUGUGGGCCUAUCCAACAAAAGUUGGACAAAUAGAGGACAGCAUAGUGUGCAACAUCAAAGACAAUCCAGAGCCUGUCAUCAUCAACCUCUCCUGCUGGGGUGUUCGGCCAGAGCUGGAGCUGGAGCACAAACAUUUGCACUUUGACAGGAUUCUCCUCCACAGGUAGAAAAAUACAAGAAAAUGAACUAUGUCUGACAAUUUUUACACUGUUUUUUUAUGCCUAGUAUUAACUGAAGUGUCCAUCUGCCUCUACUUAACAUGCCUCCCCCUUAGGCCAGACAGCCGGACAUUAACAAUGCGUAAUAAGACUGCUCUGCCAGUGUCCUGGAGACUGAAGGGGGUGGAAAAGUUGGGUGAUACUUUUGAUGUACUCCAGGAUCAGGGCAUCAUCUCACCAAACUCAUCUUCCUCCUUGAGCCUGCACUUCAAAGCCUCGAAGCCCGUUCUUGUCAAGAAUAUAUUAAGGCUGGAGGUAGAACACAAAAUCAAAUUUGAUGUUCAUUUGGACUUUGAUUACUUUGAUUUACAUUUUGGUAUUUUGGUGAGCGGCGCAGCCCGGCGUUAGUAUCCCCCCUCCUUAACUCAGCUCCUCUGUAUGUAGGCUUAAAGUAAAUAACUCAUCUGAUCACUAAAACAAAUCAUCUGUUCAGCCGCCGCAGCAGCAGCUGCAGCAGGAUGGGGAGAGGACACAGCAACAUGUUCAGGUCGAGCUGCGUGAGAAAUAAGAGUAGGAGGAAGAAAGAAAAGGAGGGAGAUGAAUUACAUAUCUUGUUAACUUCAUCAUGUGUGUUUAUUUACUAGAUAUUUAAUUCAAUUUAAUGCGGUUUCAGCUGUGUUGAUUCGGUCAGGUUGAGUGUCCAAACGCGUACCAAACGCACUCAUUAGAUCAGAUACAGAUCAGAAUAUAUCUAUAUAGAUCUAAAUGUAUGUGCUGACUUAGAUUAUUAGUUCUUGAUGAUUAUUUAUUUCACUGAAAUGUGCCUGACAAUGUGGAAACCUGCCAGUGAGGGAUCUGUGAUAUAUGCGCACAACACCGCCAGUCUACCAAAAUACCACUAGACCAGCUGCGCUCCGCCUGUACUGAAAGCUGACCAGGUUUGAAUCGGUGAGCUUUCAGCACACUUUCUACGCCGCCAGUGAGCACGAAAAUGUCACUGCACCAGCUGAUUCUGUCGACACCUCCCCUACCGCACCACCACGCCCAGCUUGGCGGACCUCGGUGCGUCUCAGUCCACGAAAAUACCAAACUGGCUGUACGCCGGGCUCCGCCAGACGAAAAUACCACUAUGCAGGGUCCGCCACCCACCACUGUGCCACGGGCAGGCAAGAAAAUAGAGCCCAAUAUGUUUUUGUUUGGUUACAGGUAUCCGAUGUGGAGAAGAUUGUAGGUGUCCUACAAACUGAAAACAUACAGGUCACUGCUGAGGCCUAUGAUAUAACUCUGAACAUCUCACCAGGUAAACACUGGAGGAGCGUCUGAAAACAGUUAUUGGUGCCUAAGUAUACACAUAUAUGAAUUCAGAUUAUAAAAUGUAGCAAAUUUCUUGAAGAAAUGGUCUAUGGUGUAAACUGAUAAGUUACUGAGCCUCAGCCCUGAACAACGCUGUUCCAAAAGAUAUUUCUCUGUAAACCUGAUGUAGAGUGCUGUUAAAAAUGUCAAACUGCAGCUAUUAAACAAACUUGCAUUGGCAUAUACUAAUGGAAAACUUUUCUUUCCAUAGAUGGCUGCUUAAACUUUGGAACCAUCAAAGUUUUUGAGGAGGCCAAACUGUGUCUGAUGCUAAAAAAUAAAGGAAAAUACAAAAUAGCCUACAAGUGAGUUUGAAUCACCAGUUUUGUUUUAAAAAUGUACCACAUUAUAAAAUUAGUUGUCUCCUUUAUUACUUUGAGAAUAUUCUGUAUUGAAGUUUUAAAGUUGUUGACUUACAUUCUUUUCUUGCCACAAGGUUUACAUUUCAGCAGACUGACCCAGCCCAACCGACCCUGGACUCCAUGUUUACAGUGACCCCUCAGAGUGGAUCUCUUUUGCCCAAUGAAAAGGCCACAACUGUGCAGAUCACCUGCAGACCUACUACAGAACUCUCUCUAAAAGAGCAGCCCAUCUUGCCUUGCCAGGUCUGAACCUCUUUGUGAUGUUUUGGAUGUUCAUUCAACAGGUUAUACCAUGACCAUAGACAGUACAGUUGUUCAGUUUGUGCAUGAAAUAUUUAUUCGUACUGUGCCAGUAUGAUCUUCUCUGAAACUGUGGAGACCUAAAUAGGCGUUUCACCAACUAAUUUUUUGUUUGCAUGAGAGACAAGUCAGGAGCUGAGUCACUGUGUCACAAACGCAUUCUCCUUGUCCCUCCUGUUGAACCUUAGUGACCCUUUGUGAAAAGGUCUGCUUUAUUUGACUGGAUGCUGCAGAAUGCAGUCAUAUAGUAUUUCUGGAUCUGUCCUCUACAGGUGAUUGAGCCAAACUUUGGAAAGGGAGGAGAAAUCAUAACCAUCUUAGCCAUCAAGGUUUCUGUUCAGGCUCUCUUCUCCAGGUUAAAACUCGAUUCAUUCUUCUUCUUUUGUACAUGAUAGAUAUGGAGUCAAAAACGACAUCCAAAUCAACUCAGAUCUAAAAUUGUGUGAUACCUUUUAUACAGUUUUUACCCUUGUUCUUUGACCAACUCCUCUUUGCUUGUGAUUUCAUAGUUCACUAAUGCGGUGCUUGACUGCACAAAUAAAACUAUAUCACACACUGUCUUGUUAAAAUAUGCAAGGGUGGUUAUUUUUAACAGUAGGCCAUUCCUACAUCAAAUCAUAUCAUUGAUAAUGGAUGGCUUUUUUUUUUUUUCAGGUAUGAAAUCACUCCUGCAUGUGACAUGGUCUUUGGUCCAUUGGUCUAUGGCGGCAAAAAAAGGCAGAGCUUCACCAUUGAGAACACUGGAGUCUUUGAGACUCAUUACACUCUUUCCAGGAUGAUCACUGACCCUGCCUCACCAGGAAGGCCAGGGUAUGAGAAUAUGAACACUAUUAUAUGAGUGAAAGUGUAGAUAGAAUGGGCUCAGUGCUGCAAAAAAAGAAAAACAGUAUAACCUUUUUUCAAGAGCAAACUAAGGAAGAGGAUUAGGGCCACUGAAAAAGGGGGGGCCUAGUAUAAUUUUUAAAAAAAUUAUAAAUUUGAGAAAGAAAGUCAGAAUUUUGACUUUAAAUUUUAACUGAGUUUAAACUUAGAACUCUGACUUUAAUCUCAGAACACUGACUUUAAAGUCAGAAUUAACUUUUUUCUCAGCAUAAUAAUUUUAAAAAGUUAAAUUGGAACCCUUUUUUUCCCAGUGGCCCUAAUCCUUUUCUGUACAAACCAUACACAACAAAUGAAAGACUAGGAUUUUUUUUUUUGUUCUGGUUGAGUUUGCACAUUUUUAAACAGUGUCUCAAGAUUGAGGUUUGUGUCCUGCUUCACUUGUAUUAGCGGUCCUGCCAGAGCGACACAAGAGAGCCUUUUGGGGAAGCCUACUGGUGCAAGUUGCAGAGGAAUGAGACCCACACAGGUGAGAAACUGCCUGCAGACAUACCAUUAGUAAGAACACCUGUUCUUUUGUGCUGUAUUUCUAUAAAGGCAGUCCAUGCAGUGUUUGUGUUUCAGAAGGUGAACCAGGAACCUUUUAGGUCACCCCUUUCAUUCUUGAAGUUGUUUUACAUAACAUAGGUUUUUGGAGAAUUUCUUACAUACAAAUGCAAUUCAAGGUAAAUGGAAUGACUCCACUGAUGAAGCAUAGAGGGCAUGUUUACUUCAAUUCCAAAAUGACAUACAGUAUUUACCUUCCAGCGAUGUAUCCAAGGAAUGCAUAGAACUAAACUAAAUGAUAACCUAUCAAAGCACCGGGUCAAUUAUUAUAAUUAAUCACUAAAGUCACUGCAGCAUUUAUGUUACAAAACACAGGUGUAACGUUUUUUAUUUGCUAAGCACAACCAUUGUCAGGAAUCCUAUCAGUGCUUUCAAACAUGGAUGUAAAGAUUCAAGCCAACAAAUACAUAAUCAAGUGUAGCACAUGAAAUGAGAAUGAAAAGGAAGGAAAAAGUACUGGUGCUUAUUUAGCAAACUGGUUGUGGAAAUUAAGAAAAGAAAUCCCUUUAGAAUCUCAUGUGAAACACCAUUUCAUGUGUUUGUGAUAAAAACAAAAUCUUCAUCUUCACACCAACUUUAAAAAAAAAAAGGCAUGUAAUGGGCAUCUUUUGCGUGUUGUAGGUAUCUGAUGUUUUUUCCCCCCAGUCUUCUCUCUUAUGACCCUAUAUUUUCCCCCAGGAUUCCCUCACCAUGGGGGUGUUCUCAGUGUCCCCCCGCGCAGGAACUAUACAGCCAGGGUCUCAGCAGGUCGUCAUUGUGGACUGCCAGGCUGAUCAGCUGGGUAGUUGGAGUCAGUUUUUGUGCAUCGACAUUAGUGAUCGUGACCCCUCAGACAAGCCUGAUGGCAUACCGUACAGGCUGAUGGCAGAGGUCUUCAAGCCAGGUGAGAGCUGAAUCAUAUCAUUCUCUAUAGUCUGGUCAAUUAACCUGUCUGAGAAUGUUUAUAACUGUCUAGUAGUCAUAUGUGCUAUAAAGAGGAUCAUGAGCGCAGACACUGGCUUCUGUACAUGCUGCUUUAAUUUUCGUAUAAUUUAAAACCCUUUUUAUGUAAAUUGCUCUACUUCAAAUAUUUGAAGCCUGAAUAUCAUCAAAGUGCCUGACCAUCUCCACAGAGUGCUUUUCUUUUGGCCCACCUGACUCUGUUUCUUCUGUUUCAUUCAGGCAUAGCUUUAGAUACAGCCUCUAUCUUUGAGGAACAUCAUUUGUGCACCAACAGCAGCCAGCUCUCCUCUGAGCAGUUCUGUGACGCUAAAGGAAUUUAUGUCCGAGAUGAGAACAAGUUUGUCUUCAACAAAGUCCUGGUUGGACAAACUGCCGAGGCCCGCUUUAAAUUCACAAACAACAGCAAGGUUCCCUGUGUGCUCAGCAUGGCCAUCCGAUACGUUAGCACUAAGGUAAGGCAUAAAAAGCUCUAUUCUAAGGGAGUGAACAUGGAUCACAGGUUCAAGUUGAUGGUUAUUAAAAGGUCAAAAUCUUGCUGUCCCUUCACAGACACCUCGCACUAUGAAGGUUUUUGACUUACCCACUACAACACUCAGCAUCCCCAGCCAGUCACACUCAUUUGCAGUGGUCACAUUUGCCCCACAAACAAUGCAGCUCUACAGUGCUGUGUUCGAGGCCACAUUAGAGGGAAUCAGCAGGUAAUCAAGUUUAUUUCUUGUGUAUGCGCCUUUGUGCGUCCUUGCUGUUUGUUCACUUAACAUUUAUAGUAAUUUGAGAGAACCCUUUCACUAAUGAUCUCUCUUUGAUCCAGAAUGACACCCACAUCCAAGAAUAAGGUGCUGGAGUUUGAGCUCAUGGGAGAAGGAAAUCUUUCCAGUGUAUGUGUGGUGCGUCCAGCUCUAAGGAACAACCAAGGAAACCCAAUGCUACAUUUCCGGCGGGCACCGGUAGAGCGCAGACAAACCCUGCCAUUGGUCCUGCUAAAUGAUGGAAAUAUCCCAGCUCAGGUGAGAGGACAUACAGACUCAUACAAAUGUUUUGCAAACAUACUUAUACAUUAAAAAAAUACUUAAGAUAAGGGAGUAAGUCAAUAAAACAGCUAUAUGUUUGAUGGUGCUGUGUAGGUCCACAUUGACAUGCUGGAUAAACACCAAGUCUUUACCCUCAGAGCUGCUCAUGGCAACACUCUGAGCUCUAUUCACUCCACAGUGCUGAAGGGCACCACUUCAGGUAAAACAUUUACUUACUAGUUGAUUCUGUCACUUCUCCACUUAGAUAACCAUUCAAGUUAAUGUCAAUGUCAAUUUCUAUCGGCUUCUUUCUGUUCUGCUGCGGAUUGCCGCACUCUGCAGCUGAUUGCAAGAGUUCUAUUUUUGCAGACACCGGAGCAUACCGGAUAAAUUCGAACAUGUGAAAGGUUUAUAGACAGAAUUUUAUCCCGAUGACACCAUGGAUGAGGAGAUCCUGAUUUUAUAAGCCUAAAAGUAGAUUUCCUCCUCUGGAAGGACACAAUCUACUGCUUAUAUGGUUAGCCUAUGUGGCUAAAGACAACUUGUCAGUGCAACAUAAUCAACAGUGCAAAAUGAUCAUGAUGAUGAUUAUUACUUCAUGGAAAUGAUCUGUUGCACUCAAUGAUCAACUUGUCAGGGCUUCCCCACAAACAAGCAGCUGCUGGAGGACAGCGGGUGAAUUGUGUUUAGUCUCUUUGCUAAAGAAACCAGGCAAAGCUAAAAAGAUGUUUUGAUGGCUAUGGCUGGGACCCUAUAUGUACUGAUGAUGAAGUUAGGUGCUGUUUUGAGCAUUAUUUGUGGCCAUAGAGUGGCUUUUUGGUCGAGGUUUGCACGUGGAGAUGUAGACCAAUGUGUAUUGCUAUUGUGUGGUCGUUUCUAAAGUUGGUUUAACUAGCGAAGAAAGCAGUCGGCAACAUUCAUCUCUCAAGGGGGUGACUAACUUGGUGUUACAUUGUGUUUGACCAUAACCUAAAUGUACGCCGCAAUAUCCUUUAAGAGUUCAUUAGUACAAGUGAAAUUUUUUUUUUUUUUUAUGAUUACAAAUAUUCUUACCAUUGCUCAUGCACUGCAGUUUUGCCCUCAUCCAGUGCCCUGUGACACAAAUGGUUUGAUCUCUGAUUGAAACUGACUCGAGUGUGUGUGUUUUUUUUAUUCUCUUUUUAUUUUAAAGCCAUUUUGCAUUAAAAAUCAAUAGUUCUCAGACCAAAUUCAGCCUAUAAUUACCUCUUCAUUUCCUCCAGAGCAUGGGUUGGUGCACAGAGCCACUCUCAGGCUGAACACUAAUGAACAUGCAGAAUUUGAAGUCAGUUUUUGCACUGACAAACCGCUGAGUGUCAAGGCCAAGAUGUCGCUGCAGGUUGAGGACAACCAGUAUGCCAACACAAUCAUCUCAGUGACUGGAGAAGCAUAUCGGGAAGUGGUUUCACUUGACAACAUCAGCAAGUCACUCCGGGAAAUGGACCAAGAAGAUGAGGAGAUAGGUAAGACUAGAAUGAAGGGCAGAGGACUUACCAUGAUGAAAGAAUCCGUUUUUCUCAUCCUUGGCUUUUCUUUUUGGCUUCUCUGACCUUCAUAACGCUCAGGUUAUUACGAGGAGUUAAAUUUUGGUGAUUGCCACGUGAAUGUUUCUCAUCAAGAGAGUUUCACCAUGACCAAUCACAGCAGCAGCCAAGUUGUGAGGUUUGAGUGGCCUUCUACUGGACCUCAUGUUUCCUUUUCACCACAGGUUUGACUGCAUGAUAACACUGUACUGCAGCAUAAUGCAAUAACAUAGUCAUUCUCACAGUGUCCUCCCAUCAAGCUGUGUUCUUAGAAUAGUACUUUGUGACAAUGACUAGGAUUUUUUUCUUGCAGGUGGGUCACCUUCAUACUGGUUGCUCUAAGGAAGUGACAAUCACCUUCUGUUCCAGUCAACCAGUGACUCUGACCAGCCAACCAAUGACAUGCAAGCUUUGUCAGGUGGCGUUCCAGCAGCCUUUAGAUCAGGUGGCUGACUGGGACGACCGACAGAGGACAGUCCAGUGGCAAACACCACAGCAGUCUGUGAAGAACAAGGUAAACAUGUUGGCUUUGAUAGCAAAGACGUGUUGCAGAUAGAGGCACUAUUUCACUGAUGUAGUUCUGAUGCAUUUGUAUUUUUUACACGCAGGUGGUUAAGACAGAUCCUGAGCCAUGCUGCACAGUGGUUGAGGGCUCCCAGUGGGAGUUGGAAUUACGUGUCAGUGCAAUUUGUGAUUAUGUGAAGUUCAGCUGCAUCAGAGACACCAUCCAUUUCAAAGACACUAUGCUUUACCAAACCAGGACCCACCAGUAAGUCUGGAUUCUUCAUGAGGGGUUUUCAUUUUUAACCUAAAAAUAUUGUAUCCCAGAGACAAAAGAUGAUAAACAUACUUUAUCAAAAAAAAAGCAAGUGGAUUAAAGUGAUAUUACACGACACAUCUUUUCAUAAGUUAUUGAAAACAUUAGUCUCAACGUUAUCUGUCAGUUCAUAUUGAUUGUCCUACCGUUCACUUGGUCAGACUGCUGCCUAUUCUUUGAAUUCUUCAUUCGAAGCAAAGACUCACUCCCCCUCAGGAGGGAAAAAAAUAACGCCUCAAACUCAGAGGUGCUGACCCUCAUCUCUGUUGUUUUGCGCUUGGUGGAACCCCCUCUUGUGUGGUAGAAAAAAGUGUUGAAUUAAACCCUAAUAACAUUCAAUGACUGAAUAUAAAACUAUUUCAGUAUAGUCAUCAUCUGUAUGUCACUGUUUGUGUUGGUUUUUCCAUGUGCAGAUUACAGAUGGUGAAUCAUGGUGAUGUCAAGCUUGAGUUCUCCUGGCAAGUUGUCAUGGAUCCCAGAAACACAGGAAACCUUGACCAAGGAGGUACAAAAGUUAUACUUCUGCUACAUCAUGAAUUCAGCUUUUAGUGAUCUUUUUUUUGCAUUAACUGUUCCCAUUUUUCCACCUUUAUUCCUUUUUCCUUCUUUGACUUUGGCAGGAUUUGGAUUUAAACCUUUCAAAUGGCAUUUGGAUUGUGUGCAUGUGACUGUGUGUUGUAUCUAACAGGUAAGACCCUAACCGCCAGACCAGGAAGUGCAUCAACGAGCACUGUUAGUGGAGCCCGUUCAUCUAGCGCCCUGGCCAGUGUGAUGUCUCUUAUGAUGCAGAAUCCUGAGCAUCCUCCCUUCAGCAUUGAGCCCACAGUAGGAACCAUACAGCCUGCUGAAACUGAAACUUUUAGCAUUCGCUUUUCACCUCUGGAAGUGGUACAGUUUCAGGGCAGGCUGCUCUGCAGGUACUGGAAAUUCAAGAAGCGAAAUAAAACUGUAAGUCACUUGAGUUAAACACACUUUUCACAGUCUUCAUUUUUCUACUCUUUCAGUAUUCCCAACCUGCAUGAGAACGAUCAGGCUCCCUGUAUCUCUGUGUGUGGCCAAAGCCUAUUUCCCCACUACCACAUCAACCUAGAAGACUCAGACUAUAUCACACGCCGCAACCCUGAAUUCAGGGCACAUCUGGAACCAAAUAUCAGGGUGGUAGAGUUAAAUGCUGUCGGCUUCUCUGCCCCAUCAUCAAGGUAACAAAGAGAGAAAUGAAAGAUUCAUCUUAUCUCUGUGACUAUAAACCCUUUGUUUCAAAUGUGAUUGUGUGGUUGUGAUUAUUCAACAGAUGUUUCACUGUCAUGAACCCAACCAGUAAGCCUUAUUCAUUCAAGUGGAGGUGUGAGGACACAGGUGACAGCCCAUUCCGCUGCCUCACUCCCUGUGGAACCAUCCUGCCAGGGAAGAAAGUGGAAGUAAGAAAUGUAGAAGAUCAGAUGAGAGAGUCUCCAUCCCUUUUCAUGUUAAGUUCAGUUGUUAUCUUAUAACCCUGUGCUCAAUCUUGUGUGUAUCACAGGUUUGUUUUGAAUAUGUAGCUGAGCAGCUGGAUACGGUGGAGUCAUUCUGGAGCUUUGUGAUCGAGACUCUGUCGCUGUCUGUCCCUUUUCUGUGUGUUGGCACUGCCAGAGAACCAGUCAUCUAUCUCGACAGACCUCACCUAGACUUUGGGGAACUGCUCGUCGGUAUGUAACAUAAAUGAAUCGCUCAUAAAGAUACAUUUGCACACGUGUCUGCAUAGUGAUAUCGCAUAGGUUGCUCGACUUGUGUGUGUGUGUGUGUGUGUGUGUGUGUGUGUGUGUGUGUCUUCCCUCACAGGUCGUAAAGUAGAGCAUAUAGUUUAUGUGAUAAAUGGAGAAGAAGAGCCCUUCCAUUACUCUAUCCUGCCGUCAUCUCUAGUCUGUGAUGAUCAGGAGUCUGCCCUGGUUUUGCAACCGAUGACUGGCACAAUAGCACCAAAGGACAGGUUAAUAACACUGUAACAUACACUAUGUACUACUAAAAAUUGAGAUGCCUGACUAUGUCUAACUAUUUAAUUUAUCCUUAGACCAAUGUGUAUUGCUAUUCUGCGGUCAUUACUAAAGUUGGUAUAACUAGAAAAGCAAGCAGUCGGCAACAUUCAUCUCUGGAGGGGGUGUCUAACUCGGAGUUACAGUGUGUUUGACCAUAACUUAAUUUUACGCCAGAAUAUCCCUUUAAAUCUGAGUACAGUCAUUAGGAGCAGUAAAAAUGUCAACCAAUGUUUACACUUUGGUGCAGAUUGCCGAUGUCAGUGUCCUUCACUCCUUGUCGUGAGGGCUGCGUGAGCUUCAAAUUGGUUCUGAGAGUGAAGAGGAAGUCAGAGCUGCUCACAUUCCCAGUGAAGGCCAGUUGUUUCACCAUUUCAGUUCAAGUUGGGAAGCCAAAUGAAGCUUUCAGGGAGGCUAAAGCUGACAAACAGGACUCUCUGGACUUUGGAGAGGUCAGCACACUUUCACACCACACACCUGUCACACACAGACUCUAUUCCAAGUGUAAAGUUUGAGACCGAUUGUGUUGUUCUGUCUGAACAAACAUCAUAUGCAGGUGGAGAUUUUGACGCAAUCGACCCUGAAUUUGUUGGUCUCUCAUCCGGCUAAAUUCAGUCUUGGGGUGAGCUUUGACUUGGCGGGUCCCUGCGAGGUGCUUCAGCAUUUGGAGGCAAAACCAGAAAAUGCUACUCUUGAGUUUAGGAAACAGCUUCAGACCUCACUGAUCUUUUCCCCUAAGAGCAUUUGUAACCUUGAGGAUGUCCGACUGAGUGUUAAGGUGAGGCGCUGAUCUCCCAAUAAUGAAACCCAAUAAUUGUUUGUUUUAAAUAUGUUCUACUGAAUCUUGUCAUUUUCAUACAGAAGUUCAGUCAGUAAAUGGAAUGCAAUGCAGAAGUACAUGAUAUUCUUCUUCAUUUGUCCUUUCUACAUUGCUGUCUCCUCCAUGCUAACCUUUUGGUACAUCUUGUCAGGUAAAGCAUGGGCCAAAAUUUGUUUUUGCCCUCAAAGGCAGGGUUGUAACAUCUAGCCUUCAAUUUUCCUUCACCAAAUACAACUUUGGCAAGUGCUUCCUGUACUGUCCUGACACUGUGCCGACAUCAAAGACUCUUAUCAUCAGCAACAAAAGCAAAAGGGACAUCAGGUAGGUGUUUUUUUUCUUUCUUUAAUUUUCCAUGUACUCUAAUUCCUCAGAAAAUGCAUUUUCUUCUUAUAGAGUGAGAGUUUAGAGACCUUCUGGAAAAAAAAGCUCUAUUUUGCAUUUCUCAGUGUCCAGUUUCAGUACAAGACCACCUCUUACCUGGAAGUGGACUUCAGACCAGAUAUUUUGUCCCCUGGUGCUAUGAUGGAGGUACCAGUCAGGUUCUAUCCUCGUGAGGCAUGCCACUACCAUGAGAAACUGAUCUUUAUUCUGAACAGCAGCAUCAUGAAACAAGUGGACAUACUGGGGCAAGGCAUAGAGCGGAAGGUAAGUCUGAUCAUUUUAAGGUAAAACUAUGGUAUUUAUGCUGCAAGAGGACGGCAAAUUCAACGGCCUUAGUGUCUGGACAACAAAAGAUAAAACACAGUAAAGAAAUCUGUUUUUGAGGUGGAUGCAAAUACAUGCCCUUUCAUUUUGCUGUUUGGACAGUCAUUACUUGGAGCAAAAGUGUAAACCCACAGCAGGUUUUUUUUUCACACAACAAGGAUUACUUGCCAGUUAUGUAAUGAGCGAGUGAGUGGCGGGGGGUAGAAGUCACAGCCCAGCAGGAGUGACAACUCAAGCUGUGGCAGCAGACAGUAGGUCAGUUACACAGCACGGAAAUUGCUCAGCUAACAUUAUCAUCUACCCCAUUAUGUUGGAUGGGCCUAAAACACAGUGUGGUGUAAAUUAGCUGUGUGGUUAACAAGAAAGACAACAGACCGAUUGCGGUUAAUGCGUUGGAUUAGUAAUUACCUCCGCAAAGGAGGUUAUGUUUUCAGUAGAGUUGGUUUGUUUGUUGGUUUGUUGGUUUGUUUCUUUGUUUAUCUGUUUGUCUGUUAGCAACUUUAUGGAGAAAGUUACAGACGGAUUGACCUGAAAUUUUGAAAAUGAAAAAGUGAAAGUUUCUGUUUUUAAAUGAUCAUGAUCCUAGAGAUUAGAAAAAGCAAUUAGUCUGAAAAAUAAAAGAAAAAAAAGUCUGAAAAACAGAAAAAUUGGUCUGAAAAACAGGGGAAAAAAUAUUAUGAAAAACAGAAAAGCAAAAAAAUAAAAUACAAAAAAACAGAAAAGCAAAAAGAAUUACUCUGAAAAACAUUUUUUCUAUUUUCUUGGUGAAUGCAAUAAACUUCUGUAGCAUAAAUGUUAAAUAAAACAAUGAUAAAUAGACUGAGAAUUAUGAAAAGAGUAGGUUUUUUUUUAAAUGUAGUCAGAGAUAGGGCAUUUUGGAUGUCUGAGGGGAGGCUGUUCCAGAAGGUGGGGGCUGUAGCACUGAAAGCCCUGCCUCCAAAUGUACGGAGUCUAGAUUUUGGGAUGGAAAGCAGGCCACUGUCUCAAGACUGGAGGUUCUAGGAAGGGGUGUAUGGGUGAAGUAGGUCAGAGAGGUACUGAGGGGCGAGGUCCAGGAGGGCUUUAUAGGAAGGGAGUAAUAUUUUUGUAUUUGAUGCAUGAUUUUAUUUUUUAGAGGCCACGACAAAGGCUUUUGUAUGAAGACUUACAUAAACAUAGGUUUACAUUUACCUUUCUAAAUUCCCUCGACUGGAAAAAAAAAACGAUGUUAUUUAUUAUGAAAGGAUGUAUUUAAUUAUUCCCUUUAUGUUUCAUUAUGCCUUAGCUUGAAGUAAAGGAUCCCAAACACAGGAAACUAAAACUUGGAUCUCUGAUGGUUGGUCAGAAAGUCAAAAAACAAGUGACUUUGGUGAAUCGCAGCCCUUUAGAUCUUUCCUUUACUCUGCUGCUCAACACAAAUACAGCAUUGGACCAAAAGGUAGGAAAUAAAAGCCAACACACACACACACCUAAACACACACACAUACAUCCAAACUAAUGUCUAGACUAGCAGCACAUUAUGUGAUUUCAUAAUCAUCUCUUAAUCUCCAAAUUCUCUCCCAGGAUCUGUCAUUCAGUCCCACAAGAGAGCUGGUGCUGAAAGCAAAAGGCGGCUCAUGUGAUGUGGAGAUUCAGUUUUCUCCUCGCCAGCAGGUACCGCUCAUCAGUGCUGAGCUACAGGCGCAGUUUCCUGGCCUGUUUCUCCCCCUGCUGACCAUACAAGGCUGCUGCAAGGUAAAGAAACUAAUAAGUGGGUUAACUGACACAACAUUUAUGAGUUUUUCAACUUUAAGAAAGUAAGAAAUACCAAUGUUAGUUGGAUAAAGCAAUUCUAAUCUCAAGGUUUUAACUCACAGGUUGUGGAGGUCCAGCUGGACCAGGACCACCUAGCCUUUGGAGCUGUUGUCCAGGGUUGCCAGGCCAGGAAGAGGAUAGUAAUGAGGAACAUAGGGGACAUUGGGGCUAGGUAAGGUCAAGUAAGAGAAAGUUGUCGACUCAUGUUUGAGUUAUUUUCUGAGAUAGAAAACUUCGUGAAGAAACAAUUGAGCAGAAACAGAUGAACAUAUCCAUCCAUUAGUACACACAGUUAUCAAACAAGAACCCAGCGGCAGACUUUAACACGUGUGCUGGGGAACACUUUUCUUUUUUAAUCUGUAUGUGAUCGUUUAAUAGUUUCACUCUACGGCUCAUUCUCUCAGGAUUUAUGUCCUUUCAUCUCUUUUUUAUUUUUCUGGCCCUUAGGUUCCAGUGGAAAACAGACUCAUUUCCUCCAGAGCUCUCCAUUGCACCUGCCAAAGGCUAUAUCUCUCCAGACAAGGAGGUUCCUCUUGAAGUGACUUUUGCUCCUGUGGAGCUGAAUAAGGACACAAGAUAUGAGAAUGUGAUAUGCAAUGUGGAGGGCUUCUCGUCACCUGUUACCCUCACUGUGACCGGCUCCUGCAUCAUAGCGUCCACCAGCAAAGAGGUUCAAUUCAUUAACUCCAUAUACUAUAAGUUAUUAAAUAUUUACUCUGUUGGGGUUUUGCAUGUGAUGAACAGCUGUGUAAACCUUUAUUUUGAGUAAAUAAUUUGCAGAAACACCGCAGCCACAAACCAAAAGUAUACAUGAUCAUACAUCUAUCCAAUCUCUUAUUACCAGGUGGUGAAUUUUGUUUGCCCAGUGCGGCGCUCCCACACACAGACCCUUCCUGUGUUUAAUCCUACAAACCAGCACUGCUGCAUCAAACCUGUCAUCGAGGGUGAGCAGUGGGGCGCUGAGCCGUCCAUCAACUUUGAACCACUCCAAAACAAGACCUACAAGAUCACCUACAAACCACUGACCAUGACUGCAGAUAAGAAGAAACACCUGGUAAAGAGCUCUUAACAGUCCCUCUACCUGUGUGCUCCUUGCGUACAGCUAAAACUGUGCGAUUCGUUGUUCAAUCAACCCAGACAUGACCUUGUUUUUUUGUCUCUGGUCUCCACAGGGAUCUGUCUUUUUCUCUUUUCCUGAUGGGAGCGGAAUGCUCUACUCCCUGCAGGGGACAGCUGAGCCUCCUAAGGCAGAGGACACCAUUCUACAUGAGCUGCCUGCCAAGACUUACCAUACACAGAUGAUCCCUGUACACAACUGGCUCUCCAAGCAACAGCGGUAAACUCACACACAAACACACACAUCUUUAAGUCUCAAGUUUUUUUUUUCUUACAUUAUAUAUUGCAGAAACAAUCAAUUUGCAACAGCUGACUUAUUUGAUUAUUUGGAGACAAUAGGAACACACUGCACACUCAUUGUCAUGUCAUCACCACCAAGUAGGACAAUAACAAUGCUUCCUAUCGACAAACCAGCAUUUUCCACAUCAUUCCUUCAGUAUCAAGUUGUAGUCCACCUAAAAUUGUAAUUCCAACACUUACUUUCUUUUGGCUAAGUUUUGGUAUUUUUCAACACCUGAUUCUUGCUGCUCAAAAGCUUGGCCAUUUCACCAGCUGUUGCCCAUUAGGUCAGUGCUAGGUAGGUAGUGCCAUACAGAUUUAUUCACUACUUCCUGAGAUGACUCUUUGAAAACAGGAGGAGUGUAAUAAUCGUAAAUAAUAAUUGAUAAAUAUAAUAAUAGUAAAUUGUGGCAGCCCUGCUAAAAAAAAAAACAGGACAUCUUCUGUACUGUACUUCCUUUUAGCCAUCUAAAAUAUCAGCUUCUCAAUUUUUCAUGCAAUUAUUUGUUCUAAACAUUAUAUUUCAGUCUGUAAUUUGUGUAAUUAAUUCAUCAAAACACUGAAUUACACACUCAUAAUGUAUAUCGCACAAAGAAAAAUGAUGACAAAAGCACAGUCAUAACCGUCCCGCUAAAUUCCCCUCUGUAUCCGCUGUUUUCAGCACAUUUUUACAAUGGAAUAAAAUGCAAAAAAUAAAGUAAUUAUAAGUUGCUUCAAAAGAGUAGCAGCUCAUUUUGCAAUAAUGAUGACUAUGUAAAAGAACAUCUCACCAAAAAGUCUUAAAAAAUAGCGACAUGAUUCUCCUAGACAUAACUUGCAGGAGGUUAAUGUGAUUCAGCUAUUUUGGAUAGCACUUUGUGAUGUGCCAGAAUUAUUGUAGUGCAAAAGGUGUCCUCCAGGGGGCAGAAGACAAGUGUCAAAAUGUACAUAUCAGAGUUUUAUGUUAUAUACCCAGUGCUUCUCAAAGACAGUAUCUUGAAUAUUUUUUUAUUUUAGGACUGAGCAAAGAUUCUUACAUACUUGAAUUUACAUACACUGACAAUGAAAUUAAUAACUGUAUUGAAUAGAAACUCUCUAUGUCAGGACAUUUGGUCAUGAGUGUCCCUGUACUCAGGUUUCGUGUGCUGAUGGAAAUCCUGAAUCCUGACAAGACAGAUGCCACAGUGUCCCUCAGUGGUUUUGAAUACAUUGAUGUCCCCUCCUUGUCCAAAAGAGACUACAAAAUGUCUUUUUAUACCUACAAAGAGGGGCAGUUCAAUACCAAGGUUUGAUCCUACACAGAUUCACAGAUCUGAUAUGAUCCUCAGCCUUCUUCAUAUGUGGACCUCUACUUCUCCUCAGGUGACGUUUCAAAACAGGACAUCUGGCGAGUAUUUGUUUUACCUUGUUAGCUUCAAGGUGACUUCUUCAGGGGUGAUAUCUACCAUAAAGCUAGAAACAACUGUCCGUCGGAUGAUCCCAGCCACUGUGCAGGUGGAGAACCCUCUCACCACCCCGACAUGCCUCAGUACUGAGUGUAGCAGUCCUGACAUCAGCGCACCAAAUCAGUAUACUGUGCCAGGACAGUCCAAGGUGGAGCUUGAGUUCAUCAUUCUAUUGAAAGAGAGGUGUAUACUGACAGUAUUUAAUAUAUGUUUCUUAUGAGUGUGUCUUCCUUUUUAGAGUUCUCUGAGCUUUGAAUACCUGCCCCUGCAUGCAGGUGAGUCUACGGCUCGACUCACUCUGAACUCUCCUGAUCUGGGCUACUUCCACUAUGAUCUGGUCCUCAGAGCUCAGCCUCCGCCAACAGAGAAUACUGUCCACUUCAGCACUUCUUUGGGGAGCAGCCAUUCUGUCCUCAUUAAAUUCACCAACUACUCUCGAUUCAGAACUGAGUACUCAUGCAAGGUAAGAAUAUAUGAAACAGAACCUCAUGACUUAUAAAUCCUUGCACACAAUGUCUCUGUUUUCUGGACAAGCCUUGUUUUUACUCCAUGAAAUUAGUAGUUGCACAUUUUUGAAGGACUGACCCAUGUAUAAGGACUGAUGUCAGUCGAGCUGCCUCAGAAUAAAUGAUUACAAAGACAGCUUUGACUUGGAAGCCUGUGAUGUGAAUAAAAACAUUAGCACAUUAGCAGUGUCAAUAGCUGGUAUCAAAAUAUUUGAUUUUUAUGAGUUACUGCUGUAUCUCUAACAAAGGUUAAAAGUUAAAUGAUUGACAAAAGAGAUUUUCUUUGAUAUGUUUUUCAAUCAUGACUUCUCUGACCUUCCAAAUGUUUUCUGUGAUGUGAGACUCAUAUUUUGCUGUGAUGGAUCAUCUUGAUUUCUCCCACCUGCAGACGAACUGCCCAGACUUCACUGUAGAUGAGUAUGUUAGUGCUGCUCCAGGUUCCCAGGUGGGGUCAGAGGCCUGUGUGGAGGUUCGUUUUGAACCUCAUCAGCAGGGAGAAAUGAGGGGCCAGCUCACCUUGUCCUCAGGCAUUGGUGGAGAAUACAUCUUCCCCUUACUAGGAAUCUGCCUCCCCCCCAAACCUCAGGGCCCAUUCAGCAUCAAGGCGGGUCGCAGCAUCACUAUCCCUUUCAAGAAUGUUUUCCUGCAUAACACUUCUUUUUCUUGUCAGGUAAAGACUUGAUAACUACAGCACAGUAAAAUAAGUAGUCUCAGAAAAUUAUUUUGGCAUAGUCACAAGAGGAAAAUGCUGUAAUUUGACUAUUCCACUCUUUAAUUUUAGACUUCUCUUCACAUCUCCCACUUUUUAAAUUAAAUUAAAUUCCUCCACUUUAGAUUGUAAUUUGAAUUCAGAUUGUGAUUUGUAUGACCUUGCCUUAUGUAUCUUAUUCCUAGGUUGACAACCCUUGCUUCAUUGUCAAAGGAGUUGACACUGUCCUGUCCAAGAAGACAGACAACAUCCUGGUCUCUUUUGACGCCUCUUCUGUUAGCUCUGCAGGACCAUGGUACGGCAGGCUGACCAUCACCAGCCAGCGUUCGGAGUGCCACAAAAAACCUUGCUCGUGGGUCUAUUACUUAAAGGGGAACCGCCCUGAGUCAUCUUAA